GGAAAAUUAACUUUCCCUAAACUAGUAAACUGUUUCACUUUCAUCCCCGUCUCCCUCUUCUUUCUCUGUAUACAACAUCUCACGCUCGCUAGGUCACACCGGGGCUCGGCUGUUCCGCACCAGGGUGCAGGGAGAACGAAUACAUAUGAGAUGAACAACCACAAGUUCCGAAUCUUUGAUUUUGUGCCUGCCUAGUAACGUGGGUGCGUGCAGAUUCAACAUCAACCAUGACUAAGCGCAUUUACGAAGUUUGGAAAGGAAGCAAUAAGUUCAUUCUUGGUGGGAGGUUGGUGUUCGGGCCAGAUGCUAAGUCAUUGCUUGUCACCUUAUUGCUGAUCAUUGUUCCAGUUAUAGCCUUUUGUGUAUUUGUUGGGAGACAUCUAUGCCAUGAAUUUUCACCGUAUAAUGCAGGAUAUGCAAUCCUGGUGGCAGCAAUUGUGUUUACUGUUUAUGUUUUAGGUCUUCUACUCCGCACAUCAGCUCAGGACCCAGGAAUCAUUCCACGUAAUUUACAUCCACCAGAGGAAGAGUUUCGGUAUGAUUCUUCAGCAUCAGCCGAAAUUGGGGGAAGACAAACACCCAGCCUUCAGUUUCCUCGAACAAAGGAAGUUAUGGUUAAUGGAAUUCCUGUACGGGUUAAAUAUUGUGAUACGUGCAUGCUUUAUCGUCCUCCUCGUUGUUCUCAUUGCUCCAUUUGCAACAAUUGCGUGGAACGAUUUGAUCAUCAUUGCCCUUGGGUGGGCCAAUGUAUUGGACUGCGCAACUAUCGCUACUUCUUUUUGUUUGUUUCGUCAGCAACGCUUCUUUGCAUCUACGUGUUUUCCAUGUCGGCCCUGUACAUUAAAGUUCUGAUGGAUGAUGAACAUGGCACUGUCUGGAAGGCAAUGAAAGAAUCUCCUGCAUCUGUUGUACUAAUGGCCUAUUGUUUCAUUUCACUGUGGUUUGUGGGCGGACUUACUGGCUUUCACUUGUACCUUAUCGCUACCAACCAGACAACCUACGAAAAUUUCCGGUACAGAGCUGACAACAGGAUUAAUGUUUACAAUCUGGGUUGUGUGAAUAAUUUUGUUGAAGUCUUUUGCACAAAGAUAAAGCCCUCAAAGAAUAACUUCAGGGCUUUUGUUCAAGAGGAAGUUUCAAGGCCUGCUUUGCCCACUACACGAGAAACAGAAGCAGAAGAAUCAGGGACAGACCCGCGCUCAAAGGUUGAAGAUGAUCUUGAUAUUGGUGAAGAUCUACUGAAGAUCUCCCAGCGUCGUAAUAUUGAAGAAAUUGAUGAGGAUAUACGCGGCAGAGGGAGCAAUGGGCCUCCCCAUAAUAACUCAGAAGCGGACUCAGUUCUUGGCUCUGACCAUAGAGCUCCCACUAUACGUUCAGAAACUCGGCACUCAAGCUGGGGGCGUAGAAGUGGGAGUUGGGAAAUUGCUCCUGACCUCAUUGCCAAUUCAACAGUCACCGAAAAUCGAAGCUACGUUUCUCAAAAGGAUUUAGAACAAUGAGGGAAUUUGUGUAUAGAUGAUUGAUUUAGUCAUGCAUCUAAGUGGGCGAGAUACGCAGUUACAUGAAGAUGUUAUCUUAACGAUUUUGAAGGAAGUGGCAGUUGGAAGAAAAUUAACCAUCAUCCAAUGCUGGAGUCAAAUUUCUUCCCAUUUUAUUGAUUAGAAGCUUGUACUGCCCGUCUUUCUUCUUUCUUCUGUUUUUCUUUUUCUUUUCGAAAUGGUAGCUGUAUUUACUUUCUACUAAUAGCUGUCCAUAUUCAAUGUGUAUUUGUAAUUGUUUGAAAAUUCAAGGAUAUAGUGUGCCCUUUUCCUUAAAUUCUCAGUUCUCUUUUAAACUGGAUUGACAUGGGAUUGCCUGUU